CGCAUGCUCUGCUGCCUUUAUCGUGACGUAACUUCCGCCGCAACUUCCUCUCCAGCUUAGCUAGUCGACAGGGACAAGCGGCAAAAUGAGCAAAGUUUCCAGAGACACGCUUUAUGAAGCGGUGAAGGAGGUCCUGCAGGGCUCCGUUUCCAAGCCAAGGAAGUUUGUGGAGAGUGUGGAGCUGCAGAUCAGUCUCAAAAACUAUGAUCCCCAGAAGGACAAGCGUUUCUCUGGCACCGUCAGGCUGAAGACUCUCCCCAGACCCAAGUUUUCCGUGUGUGUUUUGGGAGACCAGCAGCACUGUGAUGAGGCCAAAGCCGCUGCCAUGCCCCACAUGGACAUCGAGGCUUUGAAGAAGCUCAACAAGAACAAAAAGCUGGUCAAGAAGCUCGCCAAGAAGUACGAUGCUUUUCUGGCGUCAGAGUCGCUCAUCAAGCAGAUCCCUCGUAUCUUGGGCCCUGGGCUGAACAAGGCCGGCAAGUUCCCCUCCCUCCUCACUCACAACGAGAACCUGAACACGAAGGUCGAUGAGGUUAAAUCCACCAUCAAGUUCCAGAUGAAGAAGGUGCUCUGUCUGGCUGUAGCUGUCGGACACGUGAAGAUGACGGAGGACGAGCUCGUUUACAACAUCCACUUGGCAGUCAACUUCCUGGUGUCUCUGCUGAAGAAAAACUGGCAGAACGUCCGUGCCCUGUACAUCAAGAGCACCAUGGGCAAACCCCAGCGCCUUUAUUAAGGAAGACUUUUCUACUAAUAAAUGUGGAGAAUCUCCAAA